AUGUCCAAGCCGGCAUCCCAUGGCCUCACUGCCAACGCGGCCGGUCCGUCGACAGCCGGUGGGGCGGCCACAUACGACUCGACGCCGGUGCCCUCGUCACCUCCAGCGUCUGAAUCGUUCUUCUCAGAGUUCGAUGGCACUGCCAGUGUCAUGGACACGUCGUACGGCGACGGCGCGGUAUGGGAACCACCAGCAGACGCGAGCUCGCUCAACAUUGUGUCCUGGAAACUCGGCGUUGAUGCGCAUGUCAGCGAUGGCGUGGAGAAGAGGGGAUUCAACGCCAUCUCAACAGUGCUCAACCACCCAACCAAGCGCGCCAACCCUUUGCGCAGCUCGCGCAAGCCGUUGCCUCCGCUUGGUGCGCCCCCGUUGCUGCCGAAGCCCCAACCACAAAGCUUCUACGAUAGCUACUUGAAGUCUAUCGCACCGCUGUACGAGCAGUUUGUGCAAUCGCAGGCUGCUGCUUCGUCAGGCUCCGGCAACAACGCCAACGGCGUGCCGGAACUCGACCUCAAGGUCCGGACACCGAAGGAGGAUCUGCCGUCGCUUGACGCGAUUCCCGAGAUCUUCUUCGACCCAGCCUUUGAUAUCGCCAACCCGUCCACAUGGGCCGAGGUCAUGGACAGCGCAGAGCCCUUCAAGGGCAAGACCCAAGAUGAGGCCGUGCAAGAAACGCUGUCCACACACCUCGACAACCUCGAGCGCCAUCUUGUGCACGAAAUCACGCUGCGCUCAUCGUCGUUCUUCUCGGCGCUCGGAAACCUGCAGGAUCUCAACUCCGAGUCGAGCUCCUGUCUGACCCGUAUCACAAAUCUCAAGAAGGCGCUUGGGGAUAUCGGGGGCAAGCAGGCGCGCAAGGGCCUCGAGAUUAUCGACGCACAGGCCCGCCUCCAUUCGCUCCGUGUGACUGAAGACGGCGUUAAGCGCGUCGCAGAGCUCGACGAGAUGAUCCGCCUUGCGAAGAACCUCGCCGACGCGGGCGACUGGGCUGGUGCCCUCGGCUGCGUCGAGGAUGUCAUGAGAUGGUGGGAGAGAAACGGCAUGCAGGCCUUGGAAGGAGAAGGGGGAGAUGGCCAUCUUCCUCUAACCACGAUACCCGCUCUGUCAUAUCUCCCAACGUCCAUCGCCGUCCUCACCGCGAACAUUGCCGGGCAGCUCGAGUCCGCGCUCCAGGCUGUCUUGCAGUCCAUCCUUUCCGAGGCCGAGCACAACGAGUUUGACUCGGACGACUUGCGGACCUCCGUCGGGCCCAUGCUCGGCGGCCUCAUUCGAUGCGGCAAGACGGAUGCUCUGGCGGGUGUGUGGCGGGAAGCUGUCACCACAUCAAUCCGGGACGGGUUACGAAGGCACCUUCCCGUGCCGCAGGGUGAGGAGGAUGAGGUCGCAAAUCGGGGGGCCGAGGCGAGCGGACUGGGUCUGGCGCAGAAGCUGCGAGCCUUGUCUCACUCUGAGUUCACCAAGCUGUGCAAGAAGAUGUACUCAUCGAUGCUGUCGCGCAUCAAUCUCGUCGAGAAGAUGGGCGAGGAAAUGUCUACGAUGCUGGCGGAGAACAGGACUCUGACUGCGUUGGCAUUAACUCCGGCAUCCGAUGGCCCCCAGCUCGCGCCCAGGACGGCCGAGGGCAUUAGGUUCGAGCCUGGGGACAUCCUCACAUCUGCGUGCGAGCUGGCCAACACGCGCGCAUCGAUCAUCGUUUCGUCGCGAUCAGAACAACAUGCGUCGCUGUCGCUCACUGAGUUUGUCGAGAUCUUCAACCAAAGCAUGGAGUUUGUCACCGCAACCGAGGCCCUCGCGAAACGCGUGUUAGGCACAUUGAGAGGCGCGAUACAGGCCCAGGCUCGUGGCUUCUUACAGGCGUAUCACCAGCAGCGGCUCACGCGCUCAGCACGCUUGGUUGAGGAGGAAACGUGGGUCCAGGUCGACGUGCCGCCAGGGACACAACACGCUGCCAACCUCCUCGUCGAGGCCGCCGUAUCGGACCCAGGGGAGUGCUUUGUGCCACCACGGGACGCAAACGGAGCGAGUAACGGCGAGUCGUCGGGCACGACCAAGCUCAUCUCGAUCGAGGGGAAGACGUUCUGUGUCGUCAAGGCGACAUCCGAGUCGCUCCAACUGCUGAGCGAAUACCUCGCGAUUGUGAUCAACCUCGAGCUGGUUGCGACCGAUGUCAUGACGCGCAUAAUCGAGUUCCUGCGUAGCUUCAACUCGCGCAUCUGCCAGCUCGUCCUGGGUGCAGGUGCGAUGCGGUCUGCCGGCUUGAAGAACAUCACUGCAAAACACCUCGCGCUAGCGUCGCAGAGCCUCUCGGUCAUCAUCGCCCUCAUUCCAUACGUGCGCGAGUUUAUCCGACGCCAUCUUAACCCGCGCCAGGCAGUAAUGCUCGUCGAGUUUGACAAGCUCAAGCGCGACUACCAGGACCAUCAGGAGGAGAUCCACGCCAAGCUCGUGGCCAUCAUGUCGGACCGUCUGGCGGUACACUGUGGCGAACUCCGCGAGAUCAACUGGGAGCAGCCGUCGCCACGUGACGCGCCGCACUCUUACGCCCUGAUGCUCGUCAAGGAGACGGCGACACUGCACAAGGUCCUGAGCAAGUACCUCGCCAACGCCACGGUCGAGUCGGUUAUGUCCCAGGUCAUUGCGGCAUACGUCAGCCGCCUCGGUGACGAGUACACCAAGGUUGAGCUCAAGUCUGAAGAUGCUAGGAAGAGGAUGCAGCAGGACGCUGCAAUUAUCGCCGCGCGUCUCGCCCCGCUGGCCGAGAGCGGCUCGUCGGCUGCGUCUCUUGAGACGCUCGUGCGCGAGAAGUCGCUUCCCCGCCGAGACGUCAACGCGGCCAUGCGCGGCCUCCUCCGCAGGACGAGUACCGGGCCGGGCGUGCAGCCCGCCACCCCGCUGCUCAGUAAUGGCGACGAGCAGGUCGCCGAGAAGCGAAACAGCCAAGAGAGCAGCAAGGCCGAGGAGGGUAAGGAGGUGUCUGGGUCGGUAGCUGAGGAUAAGGCGGCAAGUAGGUCGCCGUCAAAGGGGUGGCGGGAGGUGGGCGAUGACAAGGAGCCAAGUUCGACGCCGAGUCCGCCGUUGAGCAAGUCACCUGUGGAGGGUGAGAGAGAGGAGAAGGGUGAGGAGGACAAGCAGGCGCCGGUUGAGGAGAAUGCCGGAAAGGCCGAGGACGCCGCACCGCCGCCGCCCUCCAAGACACCCUCACCACCACCCAAGUCGCCUGAACCCACGGUGUCCAGGACACCCUCACCACCACCCAAGUCGCCUGAACCCACGGUGUCCAAGACACCAUCACCACCACCCAAGUCGCCCGAACCCACGGUGUCCAAGACACCAUCACCACCUCCCCCUCCUCCGAAGGAGGAACCCGCUACGCCUACCAAAGAGGCGGACGACCCCAUCCCCACAGAAGAAGCACCCGAAACUUCAACCAAGGAGGAAGCACCCGAAACUCCAACCACGGAGGAAGCACCCGCCACACCCGCCAAGGAGGAAGCACCAACUACACCCGCCACGGACGCCGAAGCUGUCGACGACGCGUAA